AAUGAAAACGUAUCUUUAGACAGCAACAAGUUAAUUAUCUUUCAAAAUGGUAGUAUUUAUUUUAAGAAUUAUGGAAGAUUUAAAUCUUCUUUCAGAGUGGCAACACAUAUUAUUCCGGAAAAACGAUGUGCUUCAACGACGCUUUGUCGAUAAUUUACCGGUUUGUUUGAUUGUUAGCGAAAUAUCAUAGUGAUUUUUCGUUCGUUUAGUGUUUUUUUGAAGUGAGUGUGGAUCAUUAAAAUAAUACGCGAAUCAUGAGUCAGAAGGUGUCCCGCAAAACGGCGGUCAAUGAAGAAAAAGAUAAGAGGCAAGCCACCAGUCCAGUAAAAGAAAUGAAAAAGAAAAUGGCGGCAAACGCUGAAAAGGAAAAACAAGCAGCAGAGAAAGCCACAGAAAAGGCUGCGGAGAAAACAGAAAAGAUUGUAGAGAAACCAGACAAGGGCGCUCCUAAGUCGGUAGAGAAAGCCCCAGAAAAAUCAGAUAAGCAAGAUAAGAGUGAAAAGCCAGAAAAGAGUGCAGAGAAGAAGACCGAGAAGCCAGCAGAGAAGAAGGCUGAAAAACCAGCAGAGAAGAAGGCUGAAAAACCAGCAGAGAAAAAGCCAGAGCCGCAGGCGGAGAAGAGUAAAGCAGAAGUCAGUGCAGAAGAGAAGAAUGGAAAGCCAGAGAAACAAGAGAGCAAAAAGCCAGAAGCGUCCAAACAGAAACAGAACGGGCGAGACCGCGUCCACAACGGUGUGUCCGACGUCACGCUUGGUACCAACGGGACCGAUGACGUACUCAACGGAACGGUGAGUGCGGACUCGGAAGACGAUGACGUCAUGCUGGUCAUCGACGACCACGACCACGACGAGCUGUUCCCCGAGCUCACGUACGACGACACGUCCGACGUCGAGUGUUUCGAACCGCCCACGCCCGAGAACGCGCCCAGUAGGAGCUUCACACGACGAUCGCAGGUGAAGGCGACGCGCACGCCCGAGACGCCCCGCCCCGCGUCCGACAAACAGACUGACAGGGAGCCGGACGAUCCAUCGCACAAAGUACUAAAGCUCAAAGACGACGCGCCGUCGACAGACAGGAAGCUACGUUCAGCCGACUCUCCCAAACCAGAUGGAAAGAAGAAGUCACAAGACUCGCCCAAGAAGCAGGAUAAAGAAGGACUUGAGAAGGUGGAGGAAGGUAAAACUCUUGAGGAGUUCGGAAAGAAGGAGCAGAGCCAGGAAGAGAAGACGGAGGUCGAAGUGGUAGUGGAUGUUGAGACAAACGAGGGCCGCAAGCCCGACACGAACUACUCCAAGUCGCGCGUCAAGGUGUCGCCCUACCGCCGCAGCCUGCGCGGCGCAGACCAGACCAACUCCUCGCUGCUCGCCAACUACACCGGCAACAACACGACUAUGGAGAUGGACAUCACGGAGUCGUCGUCCGUCCUGGAGGACGCGGCGCUGGACGACAGCUCGUACCUGCGCGGGCUGCGCAGCAUCCGCGGCCGCUGCUCCUACAAGCUGCUGCCGCACGACAGGACCACGCGCUCCCAGGCCAGUGCGGGGAACACGCCAGCGGCUCGCCUCCCCAGCGAGCCCUCGCGGCCCACCGGCACCGUGGUGGGGCGCAAGCGCAAGCCCGACGCGGAGGAGGAGGGGCCGGGGGCGGGGCGGGAGGGGGCGGGGCCCGGCGCGCCCGGCAAGCGCAUGCGCGUGCUGGAGCGCCUGGCCGAGCCCUUCCGCCGCGUGGCCGCCGCCGCCGAGAUCGUGGGCAUCAACACGGACCUGCCGCUGAGCGCGCCGGUGGUGUCGCCCGCCACGCUGGACCCCGAGGCCCUGAAGCCGGCCGAGCCGCUCCCCGGCCGCGCGCUGGCCGCGCCGCUGGCCGCCGCCCGCGACGACACCAAGCGCUGCGCCGUCAUGUGAGCCCUCACCCUACGCCUAGCCACGCAUACUCAGCCAUACACGACAAGCUAUAAGAACUCAUUAAACUCAAGUCAACUAAUUUUGCUGCUCAGCAUUUCAAAUAAACUUGAUGUAGUUCAAACGGACGCCUCAAGCGAGACAAACGCAACAGGGUCUGAUAUUACUGUGAAUUUAAUAAUUGAACAGCUUAAUUUUGUGCAAUGCACUAUACUAGUUUCAUCAUCAUCAUCAUCAUCUCAGCCUAUCGCCGUCCACUGCUGAACGUAGUUUCAAUUUACCAUAAUUAUUCGUCUGUAAGUGUGGCAAGAAAGGGUUAUGCGGUGGCACCAUCUGCCGUCUAUAUGUAGAUAUAGUAAGUGAAGUAUGUUCUGAACUAUGAAUGUGUAAAUUUGAUAUUAUUACUGCCAGCAAAAUUUUUGCAUUUUGUUAUUUCAAUCAAGAAAACUGAAAACAAUUUCCUUUCAAUUACAAAGUAGAAUAAAAUGUAAUAAUAGCAACAUUUUGUAUGAAAAUAGCAAUAAAAUGCAUGAAUGGUUUUAGUUAUAUGUAAAAGCAACCUUUAUAACCCACGACAUAAAGUUCAAAACACACUUCACGCAACAAAGUGUAAUAUAGUUAAAUAGAUAUAUAAUGAUUAGAUAUACAAAAGACAAGUAUAUUACAGCAAUGUGUUUGUACAUAAUAUUAUUAUGUAUCGCAGUUUACUGCCCGACUAGCGUUUUAACUAUUGACGGUUUUUUAUUGGACAUGUUUGGGACUACAAACUUAAAAGGUCCAAUUGUUGGUUGUGUUUAAAAUAAUAACAACUUUGUGGAGUCGGUUGUCUGGUACAAUGACAAGUGAAUCUGCAAAAUUCUUUUUAUUUUACAUUGAUAAAAAAUAUGGAUUAGAAGAGGUCAUUUGUGAAGUAUCUUUUUGUGGAUCUUCAAUCUCGAAUAGUUUAAUAAGUAACCCAUUAUUAAUGCAGAAAUGUGUAUCGUUUUCUAGUCCUAAACAUGUCCAAAUGUGUUAGUUAAUACUUAGGUAAUCAAAGGCGGUUUAUAAUCGCCAAACGGAUUUUAUUUUAUAACAAUGAUCAUUUAGUUUAAGUUAAACACCACCCAAAGAAUGAACAAUUAUGUUGCCGAUAGCAUUUGUGCAUUUUCUAAUAAAAUACAAGCAUAUUAUACAGAAUUUUUAUUUUAUAAUUGUUCGAAAUUACUAACAAAUUGUCGUCCUAUCACUUACUAGCACUUUAAAAAGAAUUCUGUCAAGAUUAAGUUAGUUAUUAUAACUCCUCAUCAUGUCAUUUCGAAUAUUUUUUUCAUGACAAUAGUUGUAAAAACCACCGAAUUAUUGCCAUACAACAAAAAUAUUAUUUUACGUGUUAGCAACACUUGUUUUUGACUGAGUGUUUCAAAUGCGGAGGGUAAUCGUACAUAUUACAAGAGCCAAGACUGGACAGAUUUAUAAACUUGUAUAGUUUUUUAUUUAAAUACAUUCUCCUAAUAUUUUUCGCAUUGUGUGUGACAUCAUGAAAAAAAACUCAUCCUUGUCCCAAUCUUAUUUACAAGUUUUUUUUUAUUUCUGAAUAGGUUCGUAACUUUUUAUGUCUGUAAGGUAUGAGACAUAUUUGUAUAAUUGUCAUUAUUGAUGUCAAUUUUUAUCACACAGCUUCUGUUUAAACAAAACGAGUAUUUACGAACACGUGUUUGUCCAGCGAUACGAAAGUAUAUGAUAUUAAACUGAUUUGAAGAUAUUUCAUAAGAUUAGGUCACUGAAUAAAAUAAAAUGGACUUUAUACACGCCCGUAGUAACAGCACAAGUAAAUAUAUUAUAUCGAAUCAAUAAAUGUUUUAUACCUUGAAGAAAUGUGUUUUAAAAAUUAUGUUUAAUAUUCAGCGGCCAGGCAGCAAAAUUAAGAAUAUCGUUAAAUUGAAAAAAGUUUUUAUUCUAAGUGUUUGACGAGUUCGGAUAGUUAUAUUUUUAUAAAAAGAAUAUAAUAGUGUAAUAUUAGUCCAUAGUUUGAUUUAAUAGUAUUAUUAGGUAUUGAAAUUGAUAAUAAGGACUGGGUAUAAUACUAGCUGUUUGGGGAAACAUAAUUGCUUGACAAUCAUACGUAAAUAACUCUUUAAAUCGUUCAAAAACAAACUCCAUAUACAACAAACACCAAAAAUCCGAAAAGAUGUCAAUAUAUGGUAUCUACUAUUUCAAAAUCAUUCAUAUAAAUAAUGUUUCAUUGUACAAACCUACUAUCAACGUGCAUGUGUAAAUAGUUAAUCACAAUAUCAGUUAAUCUAGGAAUUGUAUUUCCCCUACUAUGUAAAGGCUGUUACUAGUAUUACGCACAGUCCUUACUCAUUCGAUUUGCUGAGUUUCCGAGUCAUUCUCAAAGCUGUGCUCAAAUUCGCAACUUGGUAACUCAACGCAUCGAUAAGAACAUUGAUUUAAUUCGUUUUGUGUAGAUAAGUUAUAGUUUAGUUCUUGAAUUAUAUUAAAUAUGAUGAUUUUAAUAUAAACAUGGAGGAUUUUGUUAAAUAAAUCAUUUCAAUCAG